CUUAUAUUGUUUCAACCCCGCACUUCGACGCGCUUGACUUACGGACCGCAGUAAACACUUCAACUUGCCUAUUCUGCACUGUACCUUUAAAGCCUAAAAAGCGUCCGAGUUAUCGAGAUCGCUAGUCAUUGAUCUAUGCCAAAUUGUCCAUAUUAUUGGUCGUCAACGUUUACUCCACACCAUGUCUGAUCCUAUGCCUAUAAUCCUCUGUGUUAAAUCAUCUACUAUGGCCACGGAAUGUAUAGACUGUUUUCAACCCGAGUAUGAAGUAAUCCACGUCAUCUUCUCUGUCGCUGCUGGAGCACUCGAUAUACCCACACUUCUUCGAGGUGAAACUCUAUCACCUAGUGACCCACAUAACCUCGGUACCCGGAAUUACUCUAAAACGCCAGUAGCCGUGAUACUCGGAAGGAUGUACGAUGAUGUGGACUUUGCAGAAAUGCGAGAGUCUUGUAAGGGAAGAAGCAACGUGCCAUGGCUCAGACAGGAUUUAAGUAAACCUGAACCGCCGCUAGGAAAUGGGUUUGCAGAGGCAAUGGUGGAACGGAUGAAAGCCUGCCUAAGCAACUUAGCCGUGAAGGGAAUACUUAAACAGGAUGGAGUCUACUUGUAUUAAUCAGGGGAUCCAGACUAC